UCCAAUUAAGGAGGAUGACCACUUAUAGUCUUUCUAAAAACGUCGUGGGAAGAUCCAGAGUUGAAAUAAUUCAUCAACCACAUGAAAAGUGCCCGUCAGACAGUGUUAAGGGUUGUCAGGGAAAGCUUAUCGGUACCCCUUUUGUUACUUAUUUAAAAGAGCCAAUAUGUGGAGCCAAUGUUGAAGCCGCUGUUACUAGAUUGUUGUCACCUUUGAAGAGAACACGUCCUUCAGUUAAGCUCCAGAAUGGUAAGGAAAAUGGAUUUGAAAAAGAGGUUAUUGAAGAACCAUCAAACAGCUACAAUUCUAAGAACCUAUCAAUGGAUGAUGCAGAAGUAGAGGAAAAAUCCAGCGAAGCGUUAUUUCUGUGUUGAAAGUAGUAAAUUUUAGAUUCCUAGAAUACUUAA